GCCGGGGCGGAAGAUGGUCGAGCUUAGGGCCGGCGGUCGCUGAGCAGACCCAGACGGAGCUGGAGCUCGAGCCCGGCCACUCGGGCUCCUCCGGGUUGCGCUGUCGCUGCCGCCAUGUCGCUGCUGCAGUCUGCGCUCGAUUUUUUGGCGGGCCCAGGCUCCCUGGGCGGUGCUGCCGGCCGCGACCAGAAUGACUUCGUGGGGCAGACGGUGGAACUGGGCGAGCUGCGGCUGCGGGUGCGGCGGGUCCUGGCCGAGGGAGGGUUUGCGUUUGUAUAUGAAGCUCAGGAUCUUGGAAGUGGUAAAGAGUAUGCUUUAAAGAGGCUGCUGUCCAAUGAAGAGGAGAAGAACAGGGCCAUCAUUCAAGAAGUCUGUUUCAUGAAAAAACUUUCUGGCCACCCCAAUAUUGUCCAGUUUUGUUCUGCAGCGUCUAUAGGAAAAGAAGAGUCGGACACAGGGCAGGCUGAGUUUCUGCUGCUGACAGAGCUCUGUAAAGGGCAGCUGGUGGACUUUAUAAAGAAAAUUGAGUCUAGAGGUCCUCUCUCGUGUGAUACGGUUCUGAAGAUAUUUUAUCAGACGUGCAGAGCAGUGCAGCACAUGCACAAGCAAAAGCCGCCCAUCAUUCACAGAGACCUCAAGGUUGAAAACUUGCUGCUUAGCGACCAGGGGACCAUCAAGCUGUGUGACUUUGGCAGUGCCACGACUGUGUCGCAUUACCCCGACUACAGCUGGAGUGCUCAGAAGCGAGCGACGGUGGAGGAAGAGAUCACGAGGAAUACAACGCCCAUGUAUAGAACUCCAGAAAUCGUAGACUUAUACUCCAACUUCCCGAUCAACGAGAAGCAGGAUAUCUGGGCCCUGGGCUGCAUCUUGUACCUCCUGUGCUUCCAGCAGCAUCCUUUUGAAGAUGGAGCAAAGCUUCGAAUAGUUAAUGGGAAAUACUUGAUUCCUCUGAACGACACUCGGUACACCGUCUUUCACGAUCUCAUUCGUUCCACACUCAAGGUGAACCCAGAGGAGCGGCUGUCCAUCACAGAGGUGGUCAACCAGCUCCAGGAAAUCGCCGCUGCCAGAAACGUGAAUCCUAAAUCACCCAUCACAGAGCUCCUGGAGCAGAACGGAGGCUACGGCAACACUGCCCCGACCCGAGGGCCGCCCCCCUCUGGGUGCCAGAGUGCCCGGCCCUCAGGCCCUGUGAGCAGCGGGCACAGUGGAGGUCUGACUGUUGCAGAGUGUGACCAGUCCUACAGCGGGUUCUUUGACAUUCUCAGAGGCGGCACCGAGCGGCUCUUCACUAACAUCAAGGACACCUCUUCCAAGGUCAUUCAGUCUGUCGCUAAUUAUGCUAAGGGAGACUUGGACAUUUCCUACAUCACAUCCAGAAUUGCUGUGAUGUCGUUCCCAGCUGAAGGCGUGGAGUCAGCAAUCAAAAACAAUAUCGAGGACGUGCGGCUGUUCUUGGACUCCAAGCACCCGGGGCACUACGCUGUCUACAACCUGUCCCCCAGGACGUACCGGCCCUCCAGGUUCCACAAUAGAGUGUCUGAGUGCGGCUGGACCGCCAGGCGGGCGCCCAACCUCCACAACCUCUACAACAUCUGCAGGAACAUGCACUCGUGGCUCAAGCAGGACCACAAAAACGUGUGUGUGGUGCAUUGUGUGGAUGGGAGAGCUGCGUCGGCUGUGGUGGUCUGCUCCUUCCUGUGCUUCUGCCGUCUCUUCACCACCGCCGAGGCUGCUGUGUACAUGUUCAGCAUGAAGCGCUGCCCGCCGGGCAUCUGGCCAUCCCACAAAAGGUAUAUCGAGUACAUGUGUGACAUGGUGGCAGAGGAGCCCAUCACGCCCCACAGCAAGCCCAUCCUGGUGAAAGCCGUCAUCAUGACCCCCGUGCCCCUGUUUAGCAAGCAGAGGAACGGCUGCCGGCCCUUCUGUGAGGUCUACGUUGGAGACGAACGUGUGACCACCACGUCCCAGGAGUAUGACAAGAUGAAGGAUUUUAAGAUUGAGGAUGGCAAAGCAGUUAUUCCCCUGGGCAUAACAGUUCAGGGAGACGUGCUCAUCAUCAUUUAUCACGCAAGGUCCACUCUGGGAGGAAGACUGCAGGCCAAGAUGGCAUCCAUGAAGAUGUUCCAGAUUCAGUUCCACACUGGGUUUGUGCCUCGGAACGCAACUACUGUGAAGUUUGCAAAGUAUGACCUGGAUGCGUGUGACAUCCAGGAGAAGUACCCCGAUCUGUUCCAAGUGAACAUCGAGGUGGAGGUGGAGCCCCGCGACCGGCCGAGCCAAGAGGACCCACCAUGGGAUAGCCUGAGCAUGAAGGGGCUCAAUCCCAAAAUCCUCUUCUCUAGCCGGGAGGAGCAGCAGGACGUCCUGUCCAGAUUUGGUAAGCCCGAGCUCCCCAGGCAGCCCGGCUCCACUGCCCAGUACGACGCUGAGGUGGCGGCGCGGUCCCCGGAAGGGGAGCCCGUGGGGUCGGAUUCACCGCAGAGCAGUGGCACGGACACAAACAGCUUCCUACACACGCUCGACUGGCACGAAAGGAAGGAAACAGAAACUGGCGUUGUAAACAGCUUUCUCAAAGAAAGCCAGUCUGCGCUGAUUGAAGAUAAAGAUGAGAGUGAACUAUCAGAUGAGGAAGCCCCUGCCUUCUCCGGUGAGGGCAGGGAGGUCACAGCCGAGGAGGACGCGUCCGGCUGCACAGGAACGGCCGAAGAGCAAGACCUGAUUUUUGCGACCGAGACACCCUCCCCGCCACCGGAGCCUGCGCCAGAGGACAGUGUGGACCUGCUGGGGCUGCACUCGGAGGCAGGGCCGGAGCCGGCACCCCCUGUGCAGGGCGGCGGGGGCUCCUCUAGCAACGCCGACCUGCUCAGCGGCCUCUUUGUGCCCUCUGCGGCCACUCCUGAGGGGCCCACAGGCGACCUGCUUGGCGGAGAGGCUGCACUGUUCUUCCCCAGCCCCGGUGCACCCCUUGGACCUCAGAGUGCCCCCUGCGAGGGGUCUGCUGCAGCUGCUGACCCAUUCGACCCUUUCCUGAUGGCAACUGACUCAGACACUCAGACCUGCUCCGACCCUGAUCUCUUUGGCGAGUUUCUUCAUCCUGACUCCUCGGCCACACUGCCCACUGCGUUCCCUUCCACGCACAGCGCCCCGCCCCCAUCCUCCAGCUCGGACUUCCUGCACUUGGGGGAUCUACCGGCGGAACCCAGCAGGAUGACAGCCUCCUCCAGCCACCCGGACCUCCUAGGAGGAUGGGACGCCUGGGCCAAGGCUGCAGCAUCCGCGCCGGCCCCGAAGCCUACCACAGAAGGCCCCCUCUUCUCUUCUGGAGGUCAGCCAGCAGCCCCGCCCGGCCCCUCGACCAGCCGGACCAAGUCGCAGAACCUGGACCCCUUUGCCGACCUUGGUGACCUUGGCUCAGGCCUCCCAGGCACGCCCAGCGGGUUCCCUCCUGGUGGUUUCAUUCCCAAAACGGCCCCUCCUCCUAAGGGUGCUGGCAGCUCCUGGCAGACGAGUCGGGCCCCCACCCAGGGCACCUCCUGGUCCCCCCAGGCCAAGCCGCCCCCUGCCAAAGCCUGCUCGCAGCCGAGGCCUAACUAUGCCAUGAACUUCAGUGUGAUUGGCGGCCGUGAGGAGAGGGGCAUCCGCGCACCCAGCUUUGCUCAAAAGCCAAAAGUUUCAGAAAAUGACUUUGAAGACCUGCUGCCCAAUGAAGGUUUUUCCUCUAAAUCUGACAAAAAAGGACCAAAGACGAUUGCUGAGAUGAGGAAGCAAGAGAUGGCUAAAGACACAGACCCGCUCAAGCUCAAGCUCCUGGACUGGAUCGAAGGCAAGGAGCGGAACAUCCGCGCACUGCUGUCCACGCUGCACACCGUGCUCUGGGACGGCGAGGGCCGCUGGACGCCCGUGGGCAUGGCCGACCUGGUGACGCCCAGCCAGGUGAAGAAGCACUACCGCCGCGCCGUGCUGGUCGUCCAUCCCGACAAGGCCACAGGGCAGCCGUAUGAGCAGUACGCCAAGAUGAUCUUCAUGGAACUCAACGACGCCUGGUCCGAGUUUGAGAACCAGGGCUCCAGGCCCCUCUUCUGAGCCGCAACAAGGGGGGCUGCAUGGGCAGCAGGCAUGGGGGCCGGCACAGGGCCAGAGCGGGACGCCCUCCAUGAGCACCAGCAAGCGUGGGUGUCGUGGCCGCCUCAGGAGCGGGGCGUGGGGCGGCCCACAGACUCCAUGGUGCCCCUCGUCCUCCCGCCUGCCCACCUGCCUGCCAGCCUGUCCUGGGGUCUGAUUAUGGAACAAGCACCAUUCCAAGGGCACGAGAAGGGAGAGACAUUCCAAAGCAGCCGACUUCUGUGGUUUCAUUUUCCUUUUCUUGUCCCGAAGGAAAGUGUUGGUUUAUGUUCCUCUCACCGUUCUCACGGUUUGUGAUUUAUUCUGGUGUUUAGUGACAGUCUCCUCAUCGAGAGAACUUCAGUUCUCUGUCGAGAUUGCAUUUGCUAAGCGUAUCUUUUUUUUCUCCAAUCAGAAGGUGUACAUUUGCAUCUUGUUUUAUGUAAUCAGUCUGAUGAUCGUCCUGUACAUAAUUAAACUAUUUUCUGAUGACUAAACUAUUUUCUGAUGUUUCCAGAAUGGAUAUGGAUUUUCAGUGGCCCACGGUGCCCUCAGGAGG